UGAGACCGUACCCCAAGGUACGAGCAGCCUGAAUGUUUUGCAUGAAACAGGUUUGAGGUCCUCUUCUGUGGCAGUGUGUAGGACAGACCUGAAGAUCAUCUUACGCCUCAGCUUGCCCCAAACAGCAGACAGCAAAAUGACAGUCAGGUGAUUCAUGGCAGGGGACGUGGAAGGGUUUAGCUCCUCCAUCCAUGACACCAGUGUCUCUGCAGGAUUCAGAGCACUGUAUGAGGAGGGAUUGCUUCUUGAUGUCACACUUGUCAUUGAAGACCACCAAUUUCAGGCCCAUAAAGCUCUGCUUGCCACCCAGAGUGAUUACUUCAGGAUUAUGUUCACAGCUGACAUGCGAGAACGAGAUCAGGACAAAAUCCAUUUGAAAGGUCUGACAGCUACAGGCUUCAGUCAUGUUCUCCAAUUCAUGUACUAUGGAACUAUUGAACUGAGUAUGAACACUGUUCAUGAAAUCCUUCAGGCUGCCAUGUAUGUCCAGCUUAUAGAGGUGGUAAAAUUUUGCUGCUCUUUUCUCUUAGCUAAAAUCUGCUUAGAAAACUGUGCAGAAAUUAUGAGACUUCUGGAUGAUUUUGGUGUAAACAUCGAAGGAGUCAGGGAAAAACUGGAUUCCUUUCUGCUAGAGAAUUUUGUGCCGCUCAUGUCCAGACCUGACUUCCUUUCAUAUCUGAGCUUUGAGAAGCUCAUGUCUUACUUGGAUAAUGAUCAUCUGAGCAGGUUUCCAGAGAUAGAGCUGUAUGAAGCUGUUCAGGCCUGGCUGCGCCAUGAUAGAAGACGCUGGAGGCAUACGGACACCAUCAUUCAGAACAUCAGGUUUUGUUUGAUGACACCAUCCAGUGUUUUUGAGAAGGUAAAAACAUCAGAGUUUUAUCGAUACUCCCGGCAGCUGCGACAUGAGGUUGACCAAGCCAUGAAUUACUUUCAUAGCGUUCACCAACAGCCUUUGAUGGAAAUGAAAUCGAACAAAAUUCGUUCUGCCAAACCCCAGACUGCAGUAUUUAGAGGAAUGAUAGGACACAGUAUGGUAAACAGUAAAAUUCUUCUCUUGCACAAACCAAGGGUCUGGUGGGAACUAGAGGGUCCUCAAGUACCUUUGCGACCAGACUGCCUUGCCAUUGUAAAUAACUUUGUGUUCUUACUAGGUGGGGAAGAACUGGGGCCAGAUGGUGAGUUUCAUGCUUCAUCCAAAGUGUUCAGAUAUGACCCAAGACAGAACACUUGGUUGCGAAUGGCAGACAUGUCUGUUCCACGCUCUGAGUUUGCAGUUGGAGUUAUUGGGAGGUAUGUUUAUGCAGUGGCUGGGAGAACCAGGGAUGAAACGUUCUACUCCACUGAACGGUACGAUAUUACUGAAGAUAAAUGGGAAUUUGUGGAUCCCUAUCCAGUCAAUAAGUACGGACAUGAAGGGACUGUGCUUGGUAACAAGUUGUAUAUCACUGGUGGAAUUACAUCAUCCUCAACUUCUAAGCAAGUGUGUGUGUUUGAUCCCAGUAAAGAAGGGACGGUGGAGCAGCGAACAAGGAGAACUCAAGUGGUCACUAACUGCUGGGAGAACAAAUGCAAAAUGAACUAUGCAAGAUGCUUUCACAAAAUGAUUUCUUACAAUGGUAAGCUUUAUGUUUUUGGUGGUGUCUGUGUGAUCCUGAGGGCCUCCUUUGAAUCUCAAGGAUGUCCUUCUACAGAGGUGUAUGACCCCGAUACAGAUCAAUGGACUAUAUUGGCUUCUAUGCCAAUUGGUAGGAGUGGUCAUGGUGUAGCUGUUCUGGACAAACAGAUAAUGGUUCUUGGAGGCCUUUGUUACAACGGUCAUUACAGCGAUUCGAUUCUCACCUUUGAUCCAGAGGAAAACAAAUGGAAAGAAGAUGAAUAUCCGAGGAUGCCGUGCAAGCUGGAUGGCUUACAAGUCUGCAGCCUGCACUUCCCUGAGUAUGUUUUGGAGCAUGUUAGACGUUGCAGCUAAAACUGAGUGAACAACCCAGUGAAAUACAAAAAGCUAUAUCUAAUUUGUUAAAAAAAUACAGACCAGUUAAAUUCCUUCAGAGACAUUUCCUUGUGUGUGAGAACAACUACUAAAUGCUCAAGAGAAACAGGAUGUACAGGGAGUGUACUUGCCAAGUUUGUUAGAAAAGCCAAUAGUUGGUCUGACCUUGUAAAAGCUUUGUUGUUAUGGGUUUUUUUAACAUAACUGUAAGUAUGAAAAAAAUAAAUUUUUGAGUGUGCUUGGGUUUUUUUGUAACAUUUUAUGUCCAUAAUAUUUUAUCUUUUUUUUUUUUUAAUGGCCUUUAUGCCACUAUGCUUUUGAAAUAAGUUGAGUUUGACAAAAUAUUUGUGAAAGGCAGAGAAGAAAGAUUUUAUUUGUGUUUUUAUUGAGCAUCAAAAUAAACCUCAUCAUCUGUACUAGGUUACAACCACGUAUAAGAUAACAAAACCAAACCCUUUCUGUGUUUUAUGUUGUCCUUUAGAUGCUUUUCCCAUUAAGUACAAAGACUUCUUAAGUCUACUAGGUGUUUUUGUUUUCCCUUAUUUGCUUUGGAGAAGAAUUUUAACCCCUUUGCAUGACCUUUCUCCUGGUUUUGUACAGUGGUACCAGUAAGUCUGCCAAACUGCAAAUUACACAUUUUCUACUAAAUUGAAAACAAAGCAUUUUUAUAUUCAAAACACUGUUUCUAUGCUGCCUUCUGUUGUCUGCGUUGUGUUUGUUGGUGAGUAAAAACAGUAUACAUACAUGUGCAUACACUGUAAAAACUGUAUAUAAAUGCAUCUUUUUAUUUGCAGUUACAAUAUUAUAUUUUAACUAGUGCACAGGUUCAGCCAUAUCUGUUGAAUUUAAGGUAUUCUUUAAUAAGCUAAAUAAUUCAAAGUUCUUAAGUAACCAGAGUUACUUAAGAUAUCAUUUGGUAUCAAAGUAUCUUAUCUUUAGAUAUACUGAUUGAUUCAGUAACUUUAAAGUCUUUAUAUUGUUGCUACAUAAUGAACUGUUGAUUAUUUGUUGGGUUAUAAAUUAUUUUUUAAAAAGCAAACUCAUCUUACCUGAGUUUCUUUUCGGUUUCAGUGUGCUGCCCAGUUUUCUUUUUUCAUGAAAAUGGAAAAUAUCAAUAAGCAAAUGCUCAGCACUGCUGUGACCCACAGUUAUUUUUGGAACUGGAUACUGGAUAUACUACAGUUUAUUCUCAGUACUUUGCUUGUACUCACAUUUCAAUAUGAGUACUUGUAUUGAAGUGGUGUAAUCUUUUUAUUAUUAUUAUUUUAAUUAUUAACUCUUAAGAACUACUGUGUUCUGAAAGUGUGGGGUUCGGUGAUUGGAUGAUUGAUGUAAUUUCUGUUUCUUUUAUAAAAAAACCUACACAGCUAUGGCUACUGACCUCAGAGUGCCUGAAACGACGUGUGUGGUCCUAGAGGGCUUUGAAUAACUCCACUGAGUUUAACUUACAGGUAUAACUGUCAGUAGGUUGGUAAGAAUUAUCUACCAAGACAUAAAUAAUAACAGUAAUUGCAUUUUGAUUAUCUUUAUGGCUGUGAAAUUAGCCACUUCUGGAACCUAAAGGAGAAGGUGAAGGCUCACAGUUCAGAUGCUGAAACAUGCAGCUGCAUAUUCUGUAAAAUCUUAUGCUGCUGUGUUUCACUUCAGGCAAUAGACUUUACUUUAUAUGCAGCAGUGCUAAACCACUUUAUUCAGCAUCUUCCAGUCAGAAAUCACUGUAGAAAAGGAAUGUACAGUACUCAGGGAGUUCAAAAGAAUGCACUUACAAAGGGACCAAAAUCACCCUAAAUUUUCUAUGUUAAAAAUAACACCUACUGUCUAAACAAAGUUUGAAAUAAUAGGAGUUAAAACAACUUGUAAAACUCCUCAUACUGUGUUUUGAUAUUUUUGUAGUAAUUACGUCCUGGGUUGAAAUGUGAGUAUUGGAGCUAUAUGGCAAGUCAGCAAAUUUUUAAAUUUUUUUUUAAUUAUUAGAAAUUAUUUAAUUAUCAAGUAUUUUCUUUUCAUAUGUUUUAAAAGAAAGAGGUAGUGCAUGCCAUCAUAGCUGUAGUGAUAAGCUAUUUACACCAGAAGUGACUGGACCAAAUACUGAUAUUCAGCCUUCUGAUGCAGGCUAGUUUGCAUUUAAAUUUGUCUUUUUUAAUAAGAAUUCAGUUGACUGAAUUAGAAAUCUAAUUUACUUUCUUGAUAUUUUAAGGUAAGGCCACUGUGGCUUACACUCAAACCUCAGUUUCACUACAUCUCCCUGCGUGGGUACAGAGAGAAACUGACUCCAGUAGGUGCUGGCUCUGUGCUGACUGUACAUAGUUCAUGGAAUAUUGAGGCACAAGAGAAAAAAACAAGAGGUUUUAAAAUAUUUUUUUAUUAUUAUUCUGUUUGUCACCAGCUCAUUUCUCACUAAGUUAAUGGGGCAGCAAAAACUAAUCCUGCCUGAGAGGGCUUUCAUGGGCACGUUCUGUACAGUACAUAGUACUUCACUUUUAUCUGGGGCCGUGUGGGGGGAAUGGACAUGGUUCUGGAUAUCUGGUGUUCAGGAUUCAAAUGUCUGAAGAGACCCAGCCAAGACUUUAUUAAAAUUAACAGUAAAGAUGGGGGUGUCUCAAGUUACGGUUUGGAGUCUGUAUUUGAGCCCCUUCUGAGGUUCUGUGUACAGGGCAGCUGCCACUGAAGUCAGUGCUGAGUACACUUGAAGAGCCAGAUUGGUUUUGGUGCUCUGCUUUUAAGUUCAUAUCUAUCUUCAGGUGCCCAGCUCUGAAAGUUCUUAUUCAGGACUGUAAUAGUAAUUGUUCUGUGAAAUUUUAAUUGAACUGUUGGUUUCCGCUUUCUUGAAAGCUGUGUCUCCAUUGAGAGGCUGGCUGCUACCUUUCCAGCAUUAGGAAUGAUUGGAAUUUGCUUGGGUUUAGAAUGUGUGGGGGUAUGUGAGAGUGUUUUGUCAAAUUACAUUUCUACUGUGCUUUUAUUGUUUCAGACAUGAAGUAUAAAAUGAGCUUACUCUCUCUUUUAUAUUGCAGUGGAACUUUCAAGGCAGUUAUUUUUGUUACUUUAUAUGUUGGAGGGAUUCUUUAUUUUAAUUGAAAGUUUGUGUUUGCUUUUAUUAUUUAGCACCAGAUAAUUUAGUGUUUAAAUAGAAACAAAACGAAGCUGGCUAAUAAGAAUUGCCUGUUACUAUGAAAUUUUGAGCAUUAUGAUCAGAUUAAGAGAGUUUUAAAAACCCAACACUUAAAUACCUCUCAUUUGUUAAGGAAAAGGUAAGUUUCAAUCUUUGAUUACUAAGUUUGGGGAGGUUCUUUUUCUAUUCCCACCCCAACCAUAAUGGAAUAUCAGCACACCUAAUGUCACCCACAUAUUUAAAAUUCAAAACAUGACCUGCUUUGAAAAGAAGGUGUACUUGCCUUUUUCUUAAAAAAAGUGGACAUAGUGGGUUACAAUGUAGGUUGUUGGGUUGUGGGAGUUUUUUUGUUGGUUUUGUUGUUGUUGUUUUUUUGGAGGUGGUUUUUUUUUUCCCCCACAUCUAUAGAAAAAAUGUACCAGCUUCAUUUCUUAGUUUAGCAACCAACUCCAGGAGGAAAGUUUAUUUUCAGAUGAGGUAAUGUACAAAAAGCACAGUGCUCCUGUAAAGGGACCGGACACUGCCAGUUCCCAUUUCACAUGCUGCUAUGUCUGUUUUUAGGGGACAGGGCUUUUUUUAAAGUACUGCAUAAGGAAAAAGUCGUUUAUUUUCUCCCCACAAAAUGUUGGUAGUUUCAUAGUGGGAGGUAUUAGGUGGCAAAAAACUUCUGAAGUUUUUUUCCCCGUGAAUUCAGCUGGAGGAAGGCAGUGCUCGGUUUUACAAAGGCCCUGCUGUUUCGGAAAGCACUGCUGGCAACUGGCAGCAUAUGAGCUACCUGGCAACCUGCUUUUAUGUUACUUCCUUUUGAAAAGUGUGGCUGUCCUACUUUCUGCAGUAUGAUAGUAGUCCUGUUAGAAUUAGAUCCAAGGGUUUGACUCGAAUAUUUCCCUGGUUUCUGAGGUUUGCAGCCAUUUUUUUCUUGAGGCCCUCCUGCCUUAGAAACUCAAGUGCUGCAUUUCCUUGUGCUGAUAAGAUGGUAACUGCUUGUGUCAGGAAUGAAGCGUCACUCGACACUCAGGAAGCAAAGAUAAAAUGCGGCAGGUACAAAUUCAAAUUGUUUUUAAAAGAAAAACAUUGCUUAACUCAUUAUGUCCAUUCUGUAGCAAAAGAAGGGUAAGCAUUAUGGGGAGAUGCUAAGAGUUCUUUAAAAUUCAAGCUUGUGUCAGCCUGUAUAUGAUAAAGCCUUUCUAAAAAAGAGUUGCAUUUGUAGAGGUAUUUUGCCUUUUUAAUGUAUUUUUCCUUAAAAAAAAAAAAGAGUGACUUGGGCCCCAGAUUCUUUUAACACUUCAAAUGUGUACUUGGCAUGUGUGAAUUAGUCCAGUGUAAAGAAAACAGAGAACUGUAAGGUACUUAAAACAUAAGCACAAGUGUUACUUGUGUGCUUAAGUGUUUAUAGGAUUUGGGACAUCAAAGAAAACACCCCUCCUGCUGUUCUGUUAAUAAAAAUAUAGCUGGUGAAGUUACUUGAACAAGCGUCUGUCACAUGUGGCAGAGCUCACUGAAGGAGAGCAGGAAAGAACAUAACUGGAAAGCACGAGUCAUCUAUUAAAACAGCUUGCUGGUGUCCUAUAGCUCACAUUCUGAGAUUUUUCGUGUUUGUUAAACAACUUGAAGCUGCUUGAAAUAAAUACUAAUGACUACUUUUGCAUCUGUAUUCUAUUUUUGAAAGGUGGUGAGUAACUUGAAAAUUUCCAUUUGUGUGGGUAAACUUCAUUAAACCUGGUUGUAUGUGGCAGGAAAACUGAUUUGUUUUGAGCACAGCUUUCCUGUAUGUCCCUCUACUAAAUUUUUAUUCACCUUCCGAAUUUCAAUUAAUGUUUAUAUAGUCUUUUAAAAAUAGCUUUCAAAAAACAAUUUCAAAUAUCUUUGGAUUAAUAUUAAGUUGGUAGCUAGGGGGAAAUCACUUCUAUUUACAGAUAGUAGUGUUUAUUUAUGGCUCUGGUAGAAAACCUUACUGUAAGUCUAGAAAAUGAGGUGUUCUGUAGGACUGAAAAGUUACUUAGGGGGCUUUUAUUACCUCAGUGGGACCCACCUAACUUUUAUGUCAGUUCUGGAACAGGUGAAGGGAAGAGUGAGCUAUGUUUUUAUUUUAAAUAUUUUCCCUAUAUAUUGUUAUUUUUGUAGAUAUUUUUAAAAUAAAUUAUUAUAUCCUGGAGACUGCAAUUCCACUAUAAUAUCCCAUGAUUCCAGUGUACAAUAUCAGAUUGUUUGUAUUGCAAAGAAUGUAUUUGAUAAGUUAACAGGAAAAGUUAUUUUCAAACUGUGCUGUGUUUGUCUAGCAAUUGGAAAUACUUUUCCUAUAGAAAAUUAAAAUUAUAUGUAUAUGACCUCAUAUCUACAUUUGGAUUAAUUGUCUAAUGAUUACCCCAGGGCUGCUAUAAACUUCUAUAAAUAAUUUAAGAAUUGCCUCUUUUUACUGUUUUAAAGCAUUUUUUCUUGUCUUUUUUUUGGGCAGAAAGUAAUUUUCCCUUGCUAUGGAUACAGUAUACUAGACUUGCAUAUGUGCUCUGUUCGGGUUUCAAACUGAAAAAAAAAAUGUAUAAAAUGUGUAUAAAGAAAAGUGUAAAUAAAAUAUUUUUAAUCUUUAAAA